AUGCCGCAGCGCAAGGCUCACCUCGCCAGCCCUUGGCUCUGCGUUCUCCUCGUGGCGUCCGUCGCCCACCCGGUCUGGUCCCAGAAGCCCCCCAAGCGCAAGAGCCCCGCCCAGCUCCAGGCGGCCGCCUGCUGCGAGGAGGUGCAGGAGCUCAGGGCGCGGGUGGCCAACCUCAGCCACGCGCUGGGCGAGCUGGGCGAGAGGCAGCAGCGGGACUGGGUGAGCGUGGCCAUGCAGGUCACGGAGCUGGAGGGCCAGGCCAAGCGCGCGGCGGCCCGGCUGGCGGACGCGGAGGGCAAGUACUCGGAGAUGCACGAGCAGAUGGGCCUCAUGCAGCUGCAGGCGGCCCAGACCGUCACGCAGACCUCGGCCGAUGCCAUGUAUGACUGCUCCUCCCUCCACCAGAGGAACUACCGCAUCUCAGGCGUGUACAGGCUUCCUCCGGACGACUUCCUGGGCAGCCCAGAGCUGGAGGUGUUCUGCGACAUGGAGACCUCGGGCGGGGGCUGGACCAUCAUCCAGAGGCGCAAGAGCGGCCUCGUCUCCUUCUACCAGGACUGGGCGCAGUACAAGCAGGGCUUCGGCAGCAUCCGCGGGGACUUCUGGCUGGGCAACGAGAACAUCCACCGGCUGUCCAGACGGCCGACCCGGCUGCGCGUGGAGCUGGAGGACUGGGAGGGCAGCGUGCGCUACGCCGAGUACAGCCACUUUGCUCUGGGCGACGAGCUCAACAGCUACCGCCUCUUCCUGGGGAACUACAGCGGCAGCGUGGGGAAGGACGCCCUGUUCUACCACAACAACACGGCCUUCAGCACCAAGGACAAGGACAACGACAACUGCUUGGACAAGUGUGCCCAGCUGCGCAAAGGGGGGUACUGGUACAACUGCUGCACGGACUCCAACCUCAACGGCGUCUACUACCGCCUCGGGGAGCACGCCAAGCACCUGGACGGGAUCAGCUGGUACGGCUGGCACGGGGCGAGCUACUCCCUCAAACGGGUGGAGAUGAAAAUCCGCCCUGAAAACUUCCAGCCUUAACG